AGAAGCAAAAGGCAUCUGCAGUCUUGGACGCUGUUGGCCUUAUGGUUAAAUCCAACCUUCAGACGAUAUUAAAUAGCCACUGUUUUGUCAGAGAAAAAGAGAAAACCACAUCCACAAUGCCAGUUAACGAACUGCCCGGUAAUAACCCCGAGAGUGAAAGUCAGAGGCGGUGUUCCCGCUGUUGCAGUAACCCCUGUCCGGGGCCUCUGUGGUGUUCCUGAUGCCCCUCGCCCACCCCUGAAGAUCCCAGGUGGGCGAGGAAAUGACCAGCGGGAUCGCAAUCUUUCAGCUAAGCUAUUCUACUCUGAUGCUCGGUUGCUGGUUCUUGAGGAGCCUCCACCCAUCAACGGCAGAGUGCGUUUCCUGCUCUUUGAGCCCCGUCGCUCAGUGGGCAAGCACUGUGUCUGGAGGGGGGCGCUGAAAGGGAGGAACAUCUACAUCGAGAUCCCCCCUGGAGCUCUGCCUGAGGGCAGCAAAGACAGUUUCGCUCUCCUGCUGGAGUUUGCGGAAGAGAAGCUGCAAGUUGACCAUGUCUUCAUCUGCUUCCAUAAGAACCGAGAUGACAGAGCAUCUCUGCUGCGUACCUUCAGCUUCCUGGGCUUUGAGAUUGUGAGACCAGGUCAUCCCCUCGUCCCUACCCGUCCUGAUGCUUUCUUCAUGGCUUACAGCAUCGAACGAGACUCCUCUGACGACGAAUAACUGAUCACACACAAGUUUGCUUUUUAUGUACCCUUCCCCAUCCCACUCUAUCACUUAGGGAAAAUGCAUAUUAUCAAAACUCAGUAAGGUUGAGGUUUCCUGUGAAAUUGUUUUUGUUUAUUACCUUUGAUGUGCUGUAUUACAAUGACAUUUGCACUAGUGU